UGCGAAAGACACAUUUUUUGCCACAACAUACGCUUAAUGGCUUUCGAGUCGGAGAUUGAGUAGCCUUGUAAACUUAGUCACGACUACGACUACGACUACGCAAAGCAUUCCAUAUUAAGGACCAUUGCUUUCCAUCUGGCUGCUUUAUAACGCAAAGGUUCGCUUUUCUAUAGUUGUCCCGUCCAAUCGACGCCAUAGAACAUGGCGUCAGUACUCGUCCUCUACGCCCUGAUCGGGGUAUUCUGGCUUCCAGAGAUAUUAGGAAGAGAGCUUGUUAUCCAUGUUGGAGCAACGGUGGGGCGUGAUGGGCUUUGCGCGUCCCUCUAUAACGAGACGGUCUUUGGAUACCAGUAUUUUUUCAAUCUGCUGAGCAACCAGCCGGCAAUGGUGGUCCGCGACGCCAGCGGCCAGCAGUUUUCUCUGCGCAUGAAGCUCUGGCUCACCUCACAUAACUGCACAGACUCCGGUGCAGCUGCCGCGAUGCAAUCCCUUGUGAACGGCAUGCCAUCGGAUCCUACGACUGGCGCGCCGGGCAACCCACCUGUUCACGUGCUGUUGGGCGGCAACAGCGUCAACGCCCUUCAAGACGCACUGCAGGCCAAUGCUGCGUCCCGCUUGCUGCUGCACUGCUGCACAGCAGAUAACUCAGUAUUCCAACAGGACCUGCCGCACGUCUUUGGCCUAUUUACGCCUACCAGCAAGUACAUGUCCCCGAUACUGCGCAUCAUGGUACUUCGUGGCUUGAGGCGCGUCGCUGUAGUCUACAACGAUGAUUCACCUGCAAACGCACAACCCUGUGAGGACGCGCUUCGACAACUGCAACCAGUGAGUGAAGUUCAGCCCGGCUAUGGAAGCGUGGCAGUGCUAAACUACACCGGAGCUGAGGCUGAGGCGCCGGGAUUCUGGGAAGCCGCAGGUCGGCGCAUUGUCCAAGCGAGGGCCGACGUGCUGCUAGCCUGCGACCAGCCGCAGCGCACCUCUCAACUGCUACGGGUCCUGAACACUUUGAACCACCACCUUUCCGCCCUCUGGCUAUCCGCUGGUGAUCACAUCCACGACCUCCCAACCGUGCUGGCCAGCAAUGCUGAUUACGCCCUAACCACCGUCCAGUGGUUGCCUAACCUGCCGUACUCCGAUCCCUUUUUCGGCACCGCAGCCGACUAUGCAGUCGCAUUCCAAAACGCGACGGGCCAGGAAGCGACUCAAAUCAGCGCUGCUGCCUCCGCCAGCGGUUAUGUGCUGCUGUCGGUGCUAAAACGCGUAGUAUCCAGCUGCGAUCUUCGCCAAAUCCCUGACGUCGGCGCUUCUGACAGUUUCAUGUGGGACAAUGGUGGACUGACCUGCUGGCAUGCAGAUCGGCUGCACAUGAACGCGACCAGCACCAGUGGUGAAGCUGCGCUGAGGCACGAGCUCAGCACCAUGAGUCUCGACACCUUCUUUGGACCCAUGGGCCUCAACGGCAACCGUGAAAACGCCAACCACCCACCGAUUGUGGCCCAGGUCAUGUCCGGGAGGUUGGAAGCCGUGCUUCCAUUGGAUGUGUCGGAGCGCUUGCUGGUCAUGCCCGUGCCCGCACCCGCACCCACGCAAGCGACUGCUGCCCAAAACGGCCCCCAUAAGAAGCAUGUGGUAGUCAUCAUCGGGCUGUCAUGCUGUCUUACGCUUGUGAUGGCCGGCUGCCUGCUGGCUGUUGCUCUUUGGAGGCGGUCGCCAAGGCGGAGUCCUGAAGCAGUUGCUGGGAUUGACAUUGACUAUGAUGCCGUGAAGGUGGACAUCCGCCCUGUGCUCCACGCGGACGGUUCCUCUGAGCCGGGUGAGGGUGUGUACAAGGGCGCGAGGGUGGCGCUUGUCGUUGCUACGGAGCUGCUGCCGGUGCCUGACACAAGGGAGCGGCGUGCGCAUGCUGGUGCACUUGCGAGUGCUCGCAUGACACUGACGGAUUAUGCUUCUGCUGCUGCUGGGACGGGGACUGCAACGGAUGCCGGAGCUGCAAUGGGUGCUGAAGCUGACGCUAGAAGUGUGGCAGCAGCUGGAGCUGCCAGGGCUUGGUUUAGGGAGCUCAGGAAGACCAGCUCCCGUACAUCACUGCAUGCAGCAUUCGGCAGCCUCGCCAAUGGAGUCGGAGCUGGUGCAGCACAUCGCAGCGCCCAUUCGGUCACGACAUCCGAGCCGUCGUUCGCCUCGACACCGUACGGCGCAUCCCGUGCCCGUGAGCAACCACCCGAUCUGGAUACCCAGCCAGCACCGCAACAACCGCCGCCAACGCCGUCGCUGCAACCGCAGCAGCCAGAGUACCUAGCAUUGACUGUCAAUGGGCAAACGGCGGGCAGUCAAGUGUUCUCGGGUAACCCAUUGCUGGGUUUCCUUAGCUCGCGCAAACGGAAGGUGAUCUCAGCCGCUUUGUGGCGCGCCGUACGUCUGCAGCACCCGCGCAUCUGUCCCAUCCUCGGCAUCGUGUGGGAAUGGCCAGGGCUGCUUGAAGGGGGCGGCUCAGCGCCGGUCAUCGUACGGCAGUGGUAUGAGUUUGGCAGCCUGGAUCGGCUGCUGGAGAAUGAGACGGUGCCCGUGCCGCUGGUGACCAAGGCCAACAUUACACAGGGCGUCGUAGAGGCCCUCAAGUACCUCCGCGCCCAGGAGCCCCCGAUCGCCGCAGCGCCCGUCUGCGCCUCCCGCAUCAUGGUAGACAAGGAUUUCAACCCGCACCUCUCCCUGCGCCUAUCGGACCUGGACCCCGAAUGUGCACCCCAUCCUGUGCGCUCCUCCGGCGAGCGCGCGAGAGUGCGAAGAUCCAGCCUCUUUAUGCGGCAAAGCACAGCUCCAAGCCAGCAAGCCGGCCCAGCAGCCCCCCCUCAGCCGCCAGCAAAGCAGCCGCAAAGCAAGCCGCAGCUUUCUGGGCCUUCAUCGCUGUUGGAACUCAGCUCCCAUGUUCCCUCCAACUCCUUCGACUCGCUCCGCACCUACAAGCAGCUACACCUGGGUGGGCAGGGCGUGUCUGGCACUUGCAGCGACUCACGAAUUCGGGCAACACAGGCUGAACUCGCGAUGGGCUCUGUUGAGAGUUGUUAUGCCCCACAAUACACGUCAGGCGAGCAGCAAGUCAUCGCCUCCGUUGGACUGCUGCUGUGCCGCAUCUUCGCGACGUCGUUCCCGGACCAGCGCUGGCGCCGUGAUGCGCCGCUGGGGCCGGACCUCCUGUCCACCGCUGAUGAGACCCUGGAGGCAGCCCGCAUGAGCACCGCGGCGAACACCCUUCAGCAGCAGCAGCAACAACAACAACAACAGAGUUUCUCUGCUAGCGAGCUGGAGGAGUCGUUCACAGAACUGGCAGCCAUAUGCCCCGCCUUGGGCGACCUCGCACGCGCAUGCAUGGUGCAAGCUGAGCAGCUAACGCUUGCCGGCGUGCUACAGGCGCUUGAGGAGCAGGUCCUGCCCGUUCUUACGGCACCCUGGGGGCCCUCAAGCAAGCGCGGGCAGUCCAGCAGUCAGACUGCUACAUCGUCGGCUCCGGCCGCAGCAGCUGCCAAGGGCACAGCUGAGCUGUCGACAACGCUUCGGAAACUUCUCCCAACUAAGGCUGCGGGUAUGCAGCUGGGCUGGCAGCAGCAGCAGGAGCAGCAGCAGCAGCAGGAGCAGCAGCAGCAGCUUGCAAUGCUGUUUGACCAGGCGCAGGACAGUGGCAGCAGGGGAGGGAUACGGGCCAGCUGUGGAGGACAUGGGGCUACUAUGCAGACGAGCCCCCCGCCACCGGCACUGUCGGCGGUGAACCCCGGCAGGCGGAUUCCGGGCGCCCAAUGGAGGAGGUUUGAGAAGCCCAACCCUCUCACGCGGGAGGACCUACUGUUCGACAUCUUUCCUCCCAAGGUCGCCAGCGCGCUGCAGGCGGGCGAGGCGGUGCAGCCGGAGCGCUACGACUGCGUCUCCAUCUUCUUUUCGGACGUGGUGGGCUACACGGACUUGUGCAGCCAGCUGCAGCCCAAUGAGGUCAUGGAGCUGAUGCAUCGCCUCUACUCGCGGUUCGACGAUAUCAUUCGCGAGCUGGACUUGUUUAAGGUGGAGACGGUGGGCGAUGCCUACCUCGCAGUCGGCAACCUGCGCUACCCGCAGCCCGACACCCACGCCCGCCUCAUGACACAGUUCGCCUUCGCCGCCGUGACCGCCGCCAACUCCCUGCCCAUCCACCCGGGCCAUCCUGAGCUGGGCUGCGUGCACCUCCGCGUGGGGCUGCACUGCGGCCCUGUGGUGGGCAGCGUGGUGGGCACCCUCAACCGGCGCUACUGCCUGUUCGGGGACGCGGUCAACACGGCAGCACGCAUGGAGCACAACAGCGAGGCGGACCGGGUGCACUGCAGCAGCGCGUUUGCGGUGCUGCUGCAGGAGCAGUGGCCGGAGGGGGCGCGGGUGGCCAGCCGGGGUGUCCGGCAGAUCAAGGGCAAGGGGCCCAUGGAAACGUUCUGGGUAGAGGAGAGGCUGCCGGCCAGCGUUCUUAACUACCCGGUGGCUUGUUGAGGCAGCACACGAUAUCACAACAACGGCGCGGAUCGCGGCCGUACAUCGCUUCUGCUGCUUCUGCCCACAGAAUUUACGCGGACGUCAUCCUCAGGACAUGGUUGCCUUCUUACCAGUAAGGCAGAUGGCAAACGAUUGCCCCUCACCUUCGGUUUGGUGGAAGCCUGUGGUUGGUUACAGUUGCAUUCUGUAUGCGUGUACAGUGUGUCCGGAAGAGCCAGGACGCUAUGAGAGAUGAAGUUAGUCCGGGUCAGGUCCCCUACCGGACCGCCGCUUUGGGGCUCUGCGCGGGUGGUUCCUGACGGGCAUGCGGCUCUCCCGUACGCGGCUAAGAUAUCUGGCCAGAGCUUGGGGAGGGGCAGAGGUCACAAUCUCCCUCAUGGACCUACUGCUGAAAUGUUUGUCAACCAGAUAGAGUGUUGCUUCUUUCUAGAGGAGAAUUGCCAGGCAUUGUGCAUGUGCACGCAGAUGCAUCGGUGCGGAUACUUCAGAUGGGACUUGGUUCAUGUGUGCGGAUGAAUGACUGACGAGGGCAGGGAAUUUAACGUUUCUUCGAGGAAAGCAGGCAUGCCUGCAAAAGACCUCGGCUAGGCGUGCCAUGACUCGAAGAUUGGUCCUACCUGUACCGCUUGCCGUACAAGGUAGCGUUUGUCGUACGCUCGAAGUAUUGUCAUUGGAGCGGCAUGGUGGCAACAGGCAGUCCUACUGGCUGACUGGAGGAGGACUGGGGCUGGAAUGCUUUCGCAAUCUCUUUUCGUACAUCGUUGUCUUCAACAGCAUCCGUUUGCAGGACGUGGUGCAUGGAAGCACUGCUGGGGUGGUUGCGCUGUACUGUAAUGUUUGCAUUUAUUUGCUUUUACGGGGGUCCCCAAGUAAGGAUUUUUAUUGAGGUUCAGUUGGACGUGCCAACAUCUCACCUAGCCUAAUAGAAAAUGCGUAAGCUGCUGGGUUUCACACGUAUAAUUGUGCGUUCCCGGAAUCAACUUGCGCAACACAGCGGACCCGUCUGAAUGGGACGUUAAGCCCCAUGGCUAUCAGACAUGAGAGGC